CCGAGGAGGAUGUUGUGGACCGACGAGGGCCACCCCGCUUCCCGCAGGCCGUGAUGCCGUUGGGGGGCGGUGAUGGGACCCCCGUUAUCCCCAGGGGCCGAGCGGGCCCCGUGGGUGAGGGAGAGCAGCUCUGCGGCUCGGGGGCUGCCCCGAGCCCCCUGCCCGAGGCUGGGCUGGGCGCGCAGCUGCCGUGUCACCCCCGAACCCCAGGCGGGGGGCUGCAACCCGAGCCUGUCCCCAGGGUCCCGCAGCCCCGUGGCCUCGUCCCGGCGAGGAGGACAAGUUAAUUCCCAGAUAGAUGCGCCCCGAGCCCCGCAUCUGCCGCGGGGAUGGGGGGGGUGGUGGGGGGCGUGGGGCCUGGCACAGGUGCGGGGCCGCCGCCCGGUUAUAAAUAGCGGGGAGGGGCGGCCCGGCUCCCCCCGUGCUCGGUCCCCCCCUCCAGGGCUCGGAGCGGAGCGGGAUGCGGCGCCCUCCCUCCCUCCUCCCGCCCGCCGGCAGCAUGAGCCCGUCCUUCCUCCUCCUCCUCCUCCUCCUCGCCCUGCCCGCCCGCGCCCGGCGAGAGCAGGUGCCCGGCGGGGCGCAGCGGGGCCGCAACGCCCCCGCGUCUUCCUCCUCCUCCUCUUCCUCCUCCCCGGCGGCGGCGGCGGGGCCGAGCCGCUUCCCGCGGAGCCGCCCGGAUCGGCGGCGGGGCCGGCUGUACUGCCGGGUGGGCAUCGGCUUCCACCUCCAGCUGCACCCCGACGGCCGCGUGGACGGCGCCCACGACGCGAGUCCGCUCAGCUCGCUUCACGGUGGACUGCCACUUCCGAGAGCGCUUCCAGGAGAACAGCUACAACACCUACGCCUCGGCCGUGCACCGCAGCCCGCGCUCGGGCCGCCCGUGGUACGUGGCGCUCAACAAGCGCGGCAAGGCCAAGCGCGGCUGCAGCCCCCGCGCCCGGCCCCAGCACGUCUCCACGCACUUCUUGCCCCGCUUCUGGCAGCCGCAGCCCCCCGAGCUCGCCUUCACCGUCGCCCUCCCCGAGAAGAAGCCCCCGCCGCCCAAGGCCAAGGCGGCUCCGUCCCCGCCUCGCAGGAGCCCCGGCAAGUACCGGCUGAAGUUCCGCUUUGGCUAGCGCGGGAUGGGGCAGCUGAGCCCACGGGGACCGUGUCUCCCUCGGCACGUGGACACCGGGAGCUCCCGGGCGGCUGGGCCGGCCUCGAGGUCUGCUCCUCACCAGACAGGUCCCAGAGGGAGCGGCUCGGGCUUGCCCAAGAGAAUUGCCGCGUGACUCCUUUGACAAUCAUCUUCACGCGAGAGAGAUGUUCAGAGCCAAGCGGUUUUGUUUGUUUUUCUUGCAUCUCCUUCUUGCUGCACUUUUUCCUCCGACCAUACCUCAGGCACCGUGCAUCCAGGUCUGUCCCCUUCCCUUCUCCUGGAAGCCAGCUCUUCCCUUCCACAGAUUAAACCCGGAGACCGAGCCCUGCAAACUCUGUCGCCUUACCUGUGCUGCGGGGCGGUCCUUAACCCUUUGUUGGCAAUAAGAGACGUGCGGGUCUAUUCUGUGGGGGUCACAGGCCGGGGCGGGGUGGCUGUUUGCAGCCCGCUCCCGGCACUCUCUCCCGUUCUUCCCUGGACAGCUGGAGGAGCGAGUCUCCUCCUGUCCAUCCGAGUACGGAUUCGAUGCCUGCUUUAAAAUACCUCUGCCCCGGUGCCGGGGCAUUCCCGCUCCCUGGAGGAGUCCCCCCGCAGGUAUCCCCACAGGAUAGAGAUGCCUGUGGCCCCCAGGUGCCCACCGGUUUUGUCCAAUGGUUUUUUGCUGCUGAUUUAUUUUACCGCUCUCAAUACAUUUGCAGAGGCAGGGAGCAAGGUUUUUGUUCCUCAGCGAGCGUGGCGAUGUGGCAAUAAACGCUGUUACAGCUGCUUGUCCCCUGGGGAGCGUUUCUCCCACGCUGGCAGCCCAGAUGUGGAAUUGUUUCUCGGUCGUGGUGUGAUGUGGGGGGUAGCUGUGCACAUGGAGCUGGCAGUGGGCAUUGAGCAGUGCUGCUGUACGCACAGGCACUGGUAGCAUUGAACCUCACCGGUGAAGCCUUAACAGGAGCUCAGGCUGGCAGAGCCCCUCAGGACCUGGGCCCUGCCAGCGUCCAGCAGCAAUAAUCAGCCUCCUCUCCGCAUCUGAUUGUGGUACAAAUGGCUUGGGAUCAUGGGCUUCCUACACUGGGAUCGUGGUUCUUUGCCUUUGCCAUCCUCUGGCAGCCCCAGGCCGGACACGCGUGCUCCACGUGCGAGGAUGGAUGGGGAC